AACAUGAAAGCAAUUAACGUUGGAAUUGAAGCCAUCGAGAUUUAUUUCCCUAAGACUUAUGUUAACUAAGCAGAGCUAGGUACUAAAAAUAAAUAAGAUUUCAGAAUUAUUCGAUAAUGUUUCUUAAGGGAAGUAUACAGUAGGAUUGGGUCAAGUGAAUAUGGCCUUUGUAAGACCUUUUGAAGAUGUAAAUACUAUGGCUUUGACAGGUAAAUAGAAAUCUAAAAGUUAGUGGUCACAAAUCUAUUAGAGAAAAACUAAAUUAAUCCUGCAUUGAUAGGUCGACUGGAAGUGGGCACAGAGUCAUUGUUAGAUAAAUCCAAAUCAACUAAAACUACACUUAUGAGAUUAUUUGGUGACAAUACAAAUAUUGAGGGCGUGACUUCAAUAAAUGCCUGUUAUGGAGGCACUAAUGCUUUAUUUAAUACUAUCAAUUGGAUGUAGAGUGAGGCUUGGGAUGGGAGAUAUGGUUUAGUUGUCUGCACUGAUAUAGCAGUUUAUGCUAAAGGAUCGGCACGUACAACUGGAGGGGCAGGAGCUAUUGCCAUGUUAAUAGCCCCAAAUGCAACUUUUACCUUGGAUCCAAUUAGAACAACUUAUAUGAAGGAUAAUUAUGAUUUUUAUAAGCCAAACUUUCACAGUGAAUACCCUACUGUAGAUGGUCAACUAUCAAUAUAGAGCUACUUAUCAUCUAUUGACAAUUGUAUGUAAUCCUACUAUAAGAAAAAUAAUAAUUUGGAUGCUGACUUUUAUUGUUUUCACAGUCCAUUUCAUAAGAUGGUUUAGAAGUCAUUCUUGAGAGUUAAAUUAAAUGAAUCAUUUGUUUAAAAGGCUGAUACUGGAUUCACAUUCUAAAAUUUUAAUGAAAAAUAAUCACAAAUGCUUAAAUUCUAUUAAAACGAUUGGUUGAAUAAGGCUUUCCCCUCAUGUCUUUUAUCUAGAGAAUUAGGAAAUAUUUAUACAGGAGCUCUAUAUGCCGGAUUAGUAAGUUUGAUUGAAACCUAAGAUGAUUUACUAAAUAAAAGAAUAAUGAUGUUCUCAUAUGGUUCAGGUUGUGCAGCAUCACUCUUUUUUUUGAGAUGCAAUAAAUCAACAAAGAUGAUGAAACAGAAUUCAAAGGUUCAAGAACGAUUACAAUAGAGGAUUAGAAUUUCCUGUAUCGAAUAUGAUCACAUUAUGUAAUAAAGAGAGAUAAAUUACAAUAAGCAUAGCCAAUAAUAUCAACCAAAAUAAGUUGACUUAUAUCCAGGAACAUUUUAUUUAAAAGCAAUAGAUGAUAAAUACAGACGAGAAUAUCUUGUGCAUAAACAAAUCGAAUUGAACUAAACUUCUGAUAUGAUAGUACUUGAUGAAUCUAGAUCUAACAAAAAAAUACAAUAAAUUAGAGAUUAAAUGACUAAUAAUAAUAAUAGCUCAAUUGAUUAAACUUCUUAAUAAUCUUAAAAGCAAUAUAAUCAAUUGUGGACUGGAUUUUAUAAGAAAACAAUAUAAUAGAGAUUGGACUAAUUGGAGAAAACAAUGAAUGUAAAUGUUGAGCCAUUCAAAGAUGGAGGAUUAUCAUUAUAAAAUGCAAAUUUAAUGGUUGAAAAUUGCAUUGGAAAGAUUUCAUAUCCUCUUGGAUUAGGAUUAAAUUUCCUAAUAAAUGGAUAAUGCUAUUCAGUGCCUAUGGCUAUAGAAGAACCAUCAGUGAUUGCAGCGGCUAGUGCAGCAGCUAAAACUAUUAGUGAAGCUGGUGUUGGAUUUCAAACAUAUUCAAGUCGUCCUGUGAUGAUGGGCUAAAUCUAAUUAUUAGAUGUCUCGAACUAUUCAAAAAUUGAAUGCUUAAUCGAUUCCAAUAGAUAGACCAUUAUUAACAGAGGAAAUUAAGCAUGUUAAAGUAUGGUAAAGAGAGGAGGAGGGGUAGAGGAUGUGAAAUGUAGGAACUUGAAUUAAGGACAAUGUAGUGUGGAUAUAUUUAUCAAUGUGUGUGAUAGUAUGGGAGCAAAUUUAGUAAAUACUGUUUUAGAAUUUAUUGCCCCUUUGAUAGCAGAAAUAACUGGGACUAGAAUUGGAAUUAAGAUACUAACGAAUCUAUGCAUGAAUAGAAAAGUAACAGCGUAGUUUAGUUUAGAUAUAGAUAAAAUGAGUUAUAAAUCAUUAAGUGGAAAAGAUGUUGCUAAACUAAUGUUAGAAGCAUAUCAAUUUGCAGAUCUUGAUAUUUACAGAGCUGUAACACAUAACAAAGGGAUUAUCAAUGGAAUUGAAGCAGUUUGUAAUGCUACUGGAUAGGAUGCAAGAGCAGUUAAUGCAUCCUUACAUGGGUAUGCAUCUUUGAGUGGACAAUACAAACCACUUUCAUAGUAUAAAAUAGUUGAUAAUAAAUUCAUUGGUGAAUUAACAGUUCCAAUCAGCGUUGGUACUUAAGGAGGAGUUUUGCCUUAAAAUCCUUUAUAUUCAUAGAUUUUGUCUAUUUUGGAUUAUCCAGAUUCUCAGAAAUUGGCUGAGAUUAUUGUUUCUGUUGGAUUAGCUUCGAAUUUCGCAGCCUUGAGAGCUUUAGCUGUUGAGGGGAUUUAAAAGGGACACAUGACGUUGCAUGCAAGGAAUAUUGCAAUAGCAAGUGGUAUACCUGAACAUCUUGUUGAUGAGGCAGUUCUAUUUAUGAAGAAUAGAAAUAGCUUCAAUAAAUAAACAGCGUUGGAAUUCCUUAAAGCUUACAAUGUAUUUUUCGAGAUUGGCAAGGCUAAGGGGAAGUAGAUGAAAGCAUUUUGCACAUUCUCAGGUUCUUUCGAUAUGAUAGGAACUUAAGAAAAAGUAGAUUUACAUGUUGUCUUUGAAUGUGAUUAAAACAAAAUUAAUUUGAAUUAUGCAGAUGAUUCUACAAUGAACAGAUAAAUAUUUGGAUUGAAAGGUUAAGAGUGGUUGAAGAAUUUGUUUUCAGUUUUGAACACAGUCAAAAUAAAUAAAGAGGCUGAAUUGUACUAGUCUAAUAAUUUGACAUAAAAAUUGAAGCUUUUGGCAAUUUUGAUAAAUUUAUUAUCUUUCAAUAUGUUAAGUCUUGAUUUUGAGAGAGCAAAGAAUUUCAUAUUGAAUUAAAAGCCUUGUUUAGGAGGGGCUGUUUCGUUGAAAUAUGGGUUGUCACUUAUGAAUGAAUUAAUGCACAUCUUUGAAUACAAUAUCGACUAAUUUAUUGGAUUUCCUCAAUUAAGAUAAGCAUUGAUGACAGAAUUGAAUAAUAUUAUUUUGGCACAUGUCAAAUCAUUUGAAUUGUUGUAACAGGCAAAACAAGGUCAAUUCAAUUGUGAAGAAUUCUUAUGCUCUAGAUAGAAACGAUUGUCUUGUACAAUGAUGCUACUUUGUGAUUGCAUUUCAUUAAAGAAUUUCAAUCCUUCGAUAAUUGAAGAGAUCAAAUUGCUUGGAAGAGUCAUUGAGAUUUAAAUGACCUUGACAAGAGAUACUUAAAAAUGGAAUAAGUAAGAUUAUUGUUUCUAUAAUAGAUCAACUCUCUCUGAACCUAAUAUGUAUACUUAUUGGCUGAUUGCUAAUUAGAAAUUGAUCCUAGGUGAAAAUAAGGAGGUCUUAAGUUCAUUUUAUAAUGAACAUAAUAGAUUAUUGAUGUCUCUUAUUUAAGAAUUGGAAAAGAACAUAUCUCCUCAAUUCAGUCAUCUGAAAGAUUAAGCCAUGAAUGCUAUUCAACUAUUUUAUAAACCGAGAUUGUGAUAAUUAUAUUAAUG